GACAUUACAAUACAAUACAAUACAAACAUAUUCUGAAUUGUAUAACUUCAACCUUCAUACAGGUAUAAAUCUAAACCCACAACGCAUACUUUAAGUGAAGAAGCGACGUGUUGUCUCGAAAGCUAGGGUACAUACUAUUGAUACAUACUGCUACAAUUAAUUAUCACAAAAAACAAAAAAAAAUUGUAUCAGUGUUUUCACGUUACCCUUAAAAGUCUCGGAGUUGUGGACUGUACCAUGAUUGACUGUGAAAGCGGGGGUGCUUUUAAUAGCAUAUGGCAAUGGUGUAAAGUGUUUGGGUGACUACGGUACUUACUUGUUGGAAAUUAAAUGGUAAAAAUAUAGAUGCAAAGAUGUACAUAUGAAAAUUAUAGUGUACAGUUUAUAAUUAAAUGUUACACAAAUGCGUCCAUGUUCACGACUUGGAAACGCCGGCGCAGAAUUUCCUGUGUGUUGUUGUGUAGUGAUUGCUCUUAUCAUGGCGGAUUUGGCAAGAGGAUUAGACAAGAUAUCUGCGUCAAACUCUAUGGAUAAAACCAAUAUAAUUGCUCCAAAACACCGGACUGGGGCAGACAUGAUCGACACCAGAACAAGGAAACCCGAUCAUGAUUCGGACAGUAAAGAAGACCCGGACAGUCAUACGACAGCCUCAGAAUACUGCGGGAAGUUGCAGGAGUGGAUGUGGCAGUACUACUGGCAUAUGAACUGGCAGAACUGGAUGGCGAUGUCUGUUUCCCCCUUUCCUUCGUACCCAGCAGCAACCCAGAACGGGGCCACGCAAGCUUGGCAAAUUGGUCAAUCCGUCCAGGAUGUUCGGGUUUGGUAUAAUAAUAAUAUCAAUCAGUUCCCCUUUGCUUUCCCACCUUAUUUCCCCCCGGUUGAAGUCGCCGGGGCGCAAGGACAGGUAACAGCUGGCACAACCCCCGUGUCUACAAGACCAGUGCAGCAGCAACAUGCAAAUGUACAGCAAGCAGGUCGUGAAUAUACAAUUCCUUCACCUCUACACCGAUUAAUAGCGGAAAUAGUAGACUUCUUCAUUCUUUUCUUCAUAAAGGCGUCCAUUGUUUUAAGUAUCCUGCACUUCAGUGGAAUGAAGGAGAUUUCUAAGUUUGCCAUGAAUUACAUUGUUGAGGAAAUCGAUGAAGACACUUCCACGGAAGAGUUGCAGAAAAUGAUGAUGGUAGCCCUGGUCUACAGAGUGUUAGUUUGCUUCUACGAGGUGAAAAUUAUAUUGGAAAUAAUUUGCAUCUGGGGAGCAGGCGGGGCCACUCCAGGCAAGUUUCUGCUUGGCCUUCGGGUGGUCACUUGUGAUACGUCGGUACUUGUCCGGCCGGACCGAGUGCUUGUAAUGCCUGCAUCGAAUGUCAGCAUGUCAGCGUCUACGGUGCGAGCGCUGAACAAAAACUUCUCCAUUGCCUUCUUCUUUCCUGCUUUCAUCACGCUACUGUUUUUCCAGCACAACCGAACAGUCUAUGACAUUGUGGCUGGGACGAUCGUGGUGAAACGAAAUGGGGCCAGAUGAUGAGAUAUGGAUCCAGACGUUAAGCUAGUGAGGUUUAUGGUACCCCAACCAGAUCUGAAAUUCAAUAUGGACAGCAACCUGUAGGCGGAACAGGAGAGAAGAGGAAGGUCUAGAAAACAAACAAGAUGCUGAAAAAUAACAAAAAAGAAAGUAAUUUGGAGUAACAGAUGACUUUGCCCUUUCGAGACUAAAGAGAUGACUACUUUUAGGUGCAGUACCUAAAUUGAAUAAUGUUGCUGCUGCUCCUUCAGAACCUGCACUUUCUCAUUUUCUUCAGGAAUGACAAAAAAUAGUAUUUCACAUUUGAAUCUUCACUGGCUUUAAUAUGAUAUUGAAUAUAAAAUAGAAUUGAAUAUAAAAUAUAUCAUCUGCACUUCCCUGUUCUUGUCCGUUUCAGUUGUGAUGGGCAAAACAGGUGGUUGUCAGGUUCUUUUGUAUCCAACACGACACAAAUUUAAUAAUUUCCAAAGAACAUUCUCAAGAACUUGCUUUGCUGCAGUUUUCCAUCCCUAACUUCCCUUUUGAGAAACGUAAGGUUGUACUCAGUGACAAAUGGUGUAUACUUCCAGAACAAUUGAAACACCUAGCAGACUUGUCACAUUGAAUUAGUGUCGCUCUCGCUGCCCUUGGGGCAGUUGUAUGUCUGGUUUCUGGAUCAAACUAUUAUAGAAUUGCCAAGUUCUAAGUCACAGUAGCAAAACCAUUGUGAAAGAUGCCCUGUGGUACGUUAGUAAUUUCUAACAAGGUUUUAAAGAAGCUUAUAGAGCAGCAUUUCAGAUCCUGUAAAGUGUGCUGAUCGAUUUUAACAGACAGCGUUUUAAAUUGUUGAAUCAACUAAGAAGCAUGGCAGGUGCAACUUGGCACAGAGUGGUUGUUCUUGAUACAAUAUUUUUUACAAUGUUUUGGUUUUAAAAAAAAAAAAAUGAAUCUGUGACAUCCUAAUUUGGUCGCUUGAUAAUCUUUCUCUUUAAUACAGUUUCUUGUAACUUACAAGCUGUUUGCUUUGAGUUCUACACACACUUUUUGGUAAGGUUUGCUGUUGUAUGGGAUUGAACAACUUGCAGUUGUUGAUACAGGAGAACAGUGUUUAAUUUAAAUCUGUAUUAUAAGUCAUGUCUCCAUUCUAGCUAUUCCAGUUAGUUAUCUUGAUUCUUCAGUCAAACACAGUUACAGCCUGUAUCUGAAAUAGGCAAAAACAAAAUGCAAGCAGUUGGAAAGAAAUGUUUUAAAACCAGCCAGAAGACUUUUGGUUUCAAAGAUCUUCUAAUUCUGAGCCAUUCGUGUUGCAUGUAGCCUUCCCUUUUAGAAACAGGUUUUUAAUGAAAUACAUGUCUGUGAUUGCUUUUGCUGGAGAUACUCAACAAGAACGGAUUUGAUCAGAACAUGACAAUACAGAGCAGUGGAAAUGUAGUUUAAGAAUAGAAUUGUUACUCAUGUAGACACGUUUGAGUGCUGUAUAUUUUUUAAUAUUAGGAUAUCUUUAAUGACAAGGCAGCUUGUUUACAUUUUAGAUUGUGAUUGCAAUAUUUUGGGUCUGUCUAAAACAAAACUACUCUAUUUUGAUUACAAGUUCAAAUAGUAUUUGAAUAGAAAUUUCUUGUGUGACUUAUUCAUUGUCAAUUUUUAAAGGAUUGUUCUUAGUAAAUAAAUCUAAUCUGACUGUUAAAUUAAUAAUAGAAAAGUUAUUAUACAGUAUAGAAGAGUUAUUUUUGCAAACACCUAAAGUAUUUUGGUGAAACCAGUGAUAUUGUAGCAAUUUCCUAAAACAUUUCAACAAGUUCUUAUUUUAAUGAUUACGUUUUACAGAAUUUAAGUAAUUUAAUAAAUAAGCUAUUGCAUUUCUUUGAAUACUGAUCAUACUAUAUUUUUUGAUGGUCUUUUGAUUUCGUAACAAACACCCAAAUCAUGUUUUUGAACAGUUGAAGCUUAUGAUUCUUGCCAUUACCCAAAAGAGGAAUCAGCUACUACAUUGCUUUCAUAUAUAUAUAUAUAUAUAUAUAUAUAAAUUAGUUAGUAUAUUACGACUGGUAAUACAUUUUAUUUAGCAUGCUUAAAUCAUGUAAUUCCUGAAUUAAGUUUUACUUUUUCAUUGUUUGUGACAACCUGUUCACUGAAGAGCUACAAAAACUGAAUAAUUUUCACUUGACAAUUUAGCAGUACAUAACUUUCCAGUUAUAAACAAGUAAUGUGAAACUUUGUGUAAUUAAAGUAAAUGUUAUGCAUGUGCGCUCAGUGCAACGUAGAGGGCAUGUUUAUAUUAGCUAUGCACUUUACUCUGGAGUUGAGCACACACACUGCUGCAGUUAUUGUAAAAGACUAAAGAUUUUCCACACAGCAGAAAGACAGCAAAACUAACAAAUUAACUCAAUGUUAGAAUUUACAGUUUUUUUUCUUACGUUUUAUUAGAAAUUAACUAAAUUGAAACUUUAGAUCUGAACAUUGAUCAAAUUUAAUUAUGACUUUGUCAUAAUACAUUUAAAAGAUAAAGCUUGAUUUGUUUCAGUUAAUUUUAAAAAAGUGGAAAAGUGGCCGUCUUAUAGUAAAUGUCACGUUACCAAACAUUUGCAGUUAACACAAUGAGGUUUUUUCAAUGCAUCUAAACAGUGGGAGAUUUAAAUACUAAAUGAGGAUCAAACCUGUAAUUUGACUUACUUUUAAAAGCACAUAUGUACUUGAGGCUCAUGCACACUGUUAGAUAUGUUGGCUUUGUCAAAACCCAUUCUUUUAAUGGUUUAAACAACUGCAGUAUUUAGAUUCAUCAUCGUUCAGAUCAAUUUAAUACACUCCAAUAUGUAGUCUUGGAAAAACCUGGUCAUCUUUGUUUUAUGUAAUCUAUUUGAACAGUUCAUAUUGACUCUAUUAUUUCAAAACAGCAUACAGCUAAGACAUGGGAAUGGUUUAUACAAGAACUGCUUUAAAUACAGAGUACAUCAGCCACCUAGCAUUCAUCUAUUUUGUUUUCAAUUUUAGAAGUAAACUACUUCCAAGUUCUGGAUUUAAGGUGGACAUGUUGUAUCUAUACUUUUUUAUUUAUUAUUAUUUUAUUCCUGUUGUACCAGAAAAACAUACAGACUAAAUGCCGUAAGAUGGUAUUCAAACUGCAUGCAUUGCAAUUAUCUGUAUUACGAAAAAUCAACAAAUUUGUGUUUUGGAAUCUUAAGUUGGAAAAUGCAGUAUAACUUACAGUAUUACUAUGUUUUAGAUUUCAAUUGAAUUUAUAAAAUAUUAAAGAAAAUGUUAACACUA